GUGCUUGACUGGAGCUCUGUGUUCAGUGCCCCCCACCUGCCCUCCGGUCGGCUAUACCUACUCUCGCUCUGUCUGGUUCCUCGGCGCAGCAGCGACUCGUAUACCCGUCCGCCUCUUCCUCGGACUCCCAAGAUGUCUGUUAAGCAACACUCGUCCCCCACACCCACUCGCUCUGCCACGGAGAACGAGAAGCUCCCGGAGGGCGAUGCCACGUCCGCGACCUCUGUUCGCAAACAUGGCCGCGAUACGCAAGUCAAGCGGUCGAGGUCCAAAGACAUCAUCCUCAUCUGUACCGUUACCCUUGCCAUGAUCCUCAACACGGCCAACCAGACUGCGGUGUCUAUCUCGCUCCCGACCAUAGGCAAGGACCUCAACAUCGUCGAGUCCAAGCUGCAGUGGAUCAUCUCUGCCUACUCGCUCAGCUCCGGAUGUCUACUCCUGUUUCUAGGACGACUGGCCGAUCUGUUCGGACGCAAGAUCAUCUUCAUUGCCGGGUGCGCAUGGAUGGGCAUAUUCGGUUUGGGAUGCGGCUUUGCUCAGGAUGAGAUCACCAUGGAUGUACUACGUGGGCUGCAAGGCCUUGGUCCGGCAGCGUCCGUGCCAGCUGCUCUGGGGAUCCUCGCGCAUACAUUUCCCCCCUCACCCAUUCGGUCUAUCGCGUUUGCGACCUUUGCCGCAGGUGCCCCUGUCGGCGGGGCCAUAGGGAACACCAUCGGCGGUGUCCUCACACAGCUCACGGCUCAGAGCUGGCGCUCGACAUUCUGGUUUUUGACCGGGCUGAGCGCUUUAUGCUGCCUCGGUGCAUUGAUUUCCAUCGAUGCUGACCUCCCGUACGCGCUUCCAGAUAAACGCGUAGACUGGCUCGGAGCCUUCCUUGUCACCGCCGGCCUCGUUUUCAUUGUCUUCAUCCUCAGUGACGGGCCCAUUGCGCCCGACGGCUGGAAGACUGGCUACAUCAUCGCGCUCCUCAUUGUCGGCGUCCUGUUCCUGGUUUUAUUCGUCCUUUGGGAGCACUACCUCGAACGUGUUCAUGCGCAGGGCGGGGAUAUCAGUCAGAGGUGGUGGACGCCGCCCCCGUUGAUGCCUGUGUCGAUCUGGGGACGGGCGAACGGCAAGCUGGCGGUGAUGCUGAUCAUCGCAUUUGUCGAGUGGUGCAGCUUCAACACGUUCGUUUUCUGGGCGCAGCUGUACUAUCAGGACUACUUGGGCUUGAGCCCGAUACUGACCAUGGUCCGGCUUCUGCCCAUGUCUGUGAUGGGUGUGACUUGCAACGUGAUCGUCGCCCUCGUCGUUGGCCAUGUUCCCCUAGUCUAUCUCGUCGCCAUCGGCACGCUCCUCACAGGGACCUCGGACCUCCUCUUCGCGGUCAUCGUUCCCUCGGCACCCUACUGGGCCUUCGGCUUCCCCGCCGCCAUCAUCACUGUAUUUGGCGCCGACUUUGUCUUCGCGACUGGCACACUCUUCAUCGCACGCGUCUGCUUGCCGCACGAGCAGAGCGUUGGAGGUGCGAUCUUCCAGACGCUCACCCAGCUGGGCACAGCGUUUGGCUUGGCGAUCAGCACGGUCGUUUUCAACGCGACGCAGAAGAGCAAGGCGAAAAGCUUGGGGGUGACGUUGAAUGAAGAUGGGACCAACGCGCCGAGGCCGGCGCAGUUGACGGCGUACAAGGACGCUAUGUGGAGCGGAUUCGCGUUUGGGCUGUUUGGGUUCCUUCUUGCUGUGUUGUUCCUUCGCGGUGUUGGCGUCGUCGGGCACAGGAAAGGCGAUAGCGAUAACGAGAGCGAAAAGACGGCGCGUGGGUCGCUUAAUCGUGAUCCCGAAGCUGUCAACGUAUCUGACUAGACGACUCUAUCCGCUGUUUAAAAGGUCACGGCCAAGUUUUCGUGCGGGAGAAUAGCUUGGACAAAUCAACCUCAACGUUAUUCAUGAUGGUAUACCCCCCUCAAGGCCGAGGAACCGCGCAUUCGCUUGGAUACCUUAGGCAAUGGAAACGCAUAAGGCUACCGCAUAAUCGUUCAUAGACGCGUCUCGUCCCUCUACGCCCACGUUUGACAUACACAUACGCUGUAUCCUUCAUGAAUAGACGUCUCGGCACACUAAAAGCGUAGCUGGCUUCGGUCGUGUGCAUGCAUGUCUGAUCUCAUUUCAUGGUUUUUAGCAGACGCUUCAUAUAAUGAAUAAUCCUUGACCCCAUGAGCGUAUGAAAUUUCCUCGUUGGUCG